AUGACUCGUUCACUUCUCGCAUUGUCAGCUCUUGCAGCUAGUGCGGCAGCUUAUAGCUGCGAUGUCGGCACAAUCACAUCCUUUUUGCCCUUGAACAGCACAGUCUUUUUUGCCGAUCAUUACAACGCCUCGUCGAAUUUCACGUUCCCAGCAGACCUCAACUAUGGCGCCUUGACUUCGCCGCACCCAACAACAAGUUACAUCCUUCCCAAGGCCGCUUGUGUGAUUCAGGCCAACAUCACUCUUCCCGGCAAUACGCAACAUAGUACUGGAUUGAUCCUCCCCGACGAGUGGAAUGGUAGAUUCAUGACUGUUGGAAAUGGCGAGUUUGCUGGGUCCGUUGGCUGGUCCUCCAUCAUUGAUGCAUCAUGGUACGGGUUCGCCGCCAUCUCCUCGGACCUCGGCCACGAGGGCAACAAUGGCUCCUUUGCCUACCCCAACCAGACGGAUGCACUGGCAAACUUUGGAUGGCGGGCUUUGCACGAUGCCACCGUCAACGGAAAAGCAGUCACGGCAGGAUACUACGGGCAGAACGCAACAUACAGCUACUACCGCGGCUGCUCUGCUGGCGGAAAGCAAGGACUCAAGGAGCUCGAAAUGUUUCCCGAAGAUUUUGACGGCGUGAUUGCCGGUGCACCUGCCUGGUGGUUCAAGCGCCUACAGCUCUACGUGGUCGUCAACACCUUGUGGAAUUACGACACCACCGCCCCCGGAUAUCUUGACUCUGCACGUCUCGAGGCCGUAGCGGCCGAGGUGAUUUCUCAAUGCGAUCCUCAGGAUGGUGUCGUCGAUGGAAUUCUCCAAGACCCAUUGAGAUGUCUUUUCCGUCCCGAGACAUUGCUGUGUGGAGGCUCGGCUGGUCUUGACAACUCUACUUGUCUCAACAUCGACCAGAUUCACACGGUCAACAAGCUCCACGAUGACUGGAAGACUGUCAAUGACACUCUGGUCUUUCCCGGCUGGACCCUGGGCACUGAGAGCGGCUGGUCCUCGAAUGGCCCUAGUGACGACUUUGUGACGUAUAUUCAAUAUAUGCUUCAAAUUGGUGGCGACUGGACAGUUGAGGACUGGAAUGACGACAUUAUUGCCCUUUCCCACCGUUUGAAUCCUGGUAAUGCCACCGCGGAUGACUUUGACCUCAGCCCAUUCUACGAGCGAGGCGGCAAGCUCAUUCACUACCACGGUCUUGCCGACCCGAGCAUCCCUGCAACCUCGUCUCUCUACUUUUAUGACCAGGUACAAUCCACGCUCAAUCCCCAAGGCAUCAACCUAGACGACUUUUACCGUUUCUUCUUGGUCCCAGACAUGCAGCAUUGUGAAAUGACCUCGACCGACGCGCCCUGGUACUUUUCGGGAGACGGGCAAAACGGUGCUCUCUCCGACAGCACGGUUCACGGUGUCCCAGGGUUCGAAGAUGCACAGCACGAUGUCGUCCUGGCCAUCAUGGCCUGGGUCGAGAACGGUACUGCUCCGGACAGUAUCAUUGCCACACGUUGGAACAAUGACAUUCCCGAUGAUGGAGUUGCCAUUCAACGUCCGCUUUGCCCGUACCCUUCCCAUGCCACCUACGUUGGGCAGGGUAACACCUCCCUAGCAUCAUCAUGGAACUGCACCACGUAUUAUUAG